GCUCCGGCGCACGUCGAUGCAGGCCGCCGCCGCCGCCGCCGCCCCCCCCGCCCCCCCCGCGUCGUUUGCGGUGGCGGGCGGAGUCAUGGUCGAAGCUGCGGCGUGCGGCGGCGGCACCGCCGUGCUGGGCGGGCCGCGAGGCGGCGACGCGCCGCUCGGGGGCGGGGUGGCUCGAGGGGUGGUGCGGACGAUGGGCGCGGUGGAGGGCGGCGGGGGCGGCGGGGGCGGCGGUCUGACCACGGCCGCCGAGCUGGCGCACAUCGUUCGCGCGGAGGGGGUGGGCGCGCUCUUUGCUGGGCUGGGCCCGAGGGUGCUCAAGGUCGCGCCGAGCUGCGCCAUCACCAUCUGCUCGUACGAGGCCGGCAAGCGCUUCUUCGGACGAGGCCGCGCGGAGGGGGGGGCGUCGUGAGGCGCGACCACACCAGAGUGUUGCCCGACGCCGCGGCCAAGGCUGCGCUCCCAAGGUGCUGCCCAAGACGGGUGUCGAACGUGCGGGUUGGUGAACUAGAGGGUGCUGUGUGUGUGUCAGUGAUGAGUGCCGUGUGUGGGCUUAGAGUACUAGGAGGGCGAGGUGUUUC